AUGUCUGCCAUUCAAAAAAUCACAGUUAAGAACCCCAUUGUUGAAAUGGACGGUGAUGAACAAACUAGAAUCAUUUGGAAAUUCAUUAAAGAUAAAUUAAUCUUCCCUUACUUAGAUAUUGACUUAAAAUACUAUGAUUUAGGUAUUGAAUAUAGAGAUGAAACUAACGAUCAAGUUACUAUUGAUGCUGCUAAUGCCAUUUUAAAAUAUCAAGUUGGUGUUAAAUGUGCCACCAUUACUCCAGAUGAAGCUAGAGUUGAAGAAUUUGGUCUUAAAAAGAUGUGGCUUUCUCCAAAUGGUACUUUAAGAAACAUUCUUGGUGGUACUGUUUUCAGAGAACCAAUUGUUAUUGAUAACAUUCCAAGAAUUGUUCCAAAUUGGGAAAAGCCAAUCAUUAUUGGUAGACAUGCUUUUGGUGAUCAAUAUAAAGCAACUGAUAUUGUUGUUCCAAAAGCUGGGGAAUUGAAAUUAGUUUUCAAACCAGCUGAUGGUAGUGAAAUCCAAGAAUACCCAGUUUAUAACUUCAAUGCUCCAGGUGUUGGUUUAGCCAUGUACAAUACUGAUGAAUCUAUUACUGAUUUUGCUGAAAGUUCAUUCAAAUUAGCCAUUGACCGUAAAUUGAAUUUAUUCUCUUCUACCAAGAACACCAUCUUAAAGAAAUAUGACGGUAGAUUUAAAGAUAUCUUUGAAGACUUAUAUGCUACCAAAUAUAAGAAGGAAAUGGAUGCCAUUGGAAUCUGGUACGAACAUAGAUUAAUCGAUGAUAUGGUUGCUCAAAUGUUAAAAUCCAAGGGUGGUUACAUCAUUGCCAUGAAGAAUUACGAUGGUGAUGUCCAAUCUGAUAUUGUUGCCCAAGGUUUCGGUUCCUUAGGUUUAAUGACCUCUGUUUUAAUGACUCCAGAUGGAAAAGCUUUCGAAGCCGAAGCUGCUCAUGGUACUGUUACUAGACAUUACAGACAACAUCAACAAGGUAAAGAAACUUCUACCAACUCCAUUGCAUCUAUUUUCGCUUGGACUAGAGGUUUAAUUCAAAGAGGUAAAUUAGAUGAAACUCCGGAGGUUUCUAAAUUUGCUGAAGAAUUAGAAAAAGCUGUCAUUGAUACUGUUGCUAAGGAUAACAAAAUGACUAAGGAUUUGGCUUUAGCUCAAGGUAAGACUGAUAGAUCUUCAUAUGUUACUACUGAAGAAUUCAUUGACUAUGUUGCCGAAAGAUUAAACAAGAACUUGGGUUAUUAA